AUGGAAGGAAUAUUCAAGUUCAUACCCACCAGUGUCGUUUUUACUGAAGAUUCGACCGUUUUCAUUGGUAGCAUCGAUGCGCACAGAGCUGUUUAUACACUGCCCCAGCCAUCCAUCGAUCUAAAUAGGUUUUAUAAGGAAAUGCUGGUGCAAUGCGAUGCAAACACCCCCAAGAAACUGCUAGUUCCAGUCAUGUUCUCUCCUAGACUCAUUUAUCCAGCAACCGAUAAGCACAUUCAAAAGUAUAUCAGAAAAUACAGGUAUAGUGUUGAAACCUUUGAGGAAUAUCUGAAAAGCGACGACUUUCUCAGAACGAGCUGGUUGGAUAACAUUGUUUUCCAAUAA